AUGGUCAGCGAAGCAAAGGUGAGUGUCAAUCAAGAUUCCAGCAGAGCUCAGGCUAUGAAGUUGCCAACUCCCGUGCGCUGGCCGGAGUCUGCAGUGAGCUUUCUGCUGAUCGGCGGUCAGGACAAUUUCAGGGGACGCCUCAGUGUGGAAGACUACGUGGCAGAGACAAGGAGCCAUGUUCCACUGGCCAACAAGACCACCGCCAUCUUGUUCGUCCAGGAAAUGACGCACAUGCCGCAGCAACCCUUGCUACGAGGCGUCCUGCGACUGAUGCUGAAAGCCAUCGCCUCCUGGAAGGUGGAGGGCAAGUUGCCCUUGGAGCAGUUCCGGAACAUCCUGGCCUUCCUGAGACAGGAGCAGUGCAGCUACGAAUGCCCGGGAGAGACAUUCCGUGUCGUUGUGCUGCUGGCCGCUUCCUUGCAACAACUGUGA